AAGAAUAAAGCCCUUAAAAACACUGCCACCGCUGCAUUAUUCAAGCUGUCCGGUGGAUCCCGUAGCAGCGUGACAGUAACCGUGCGUGUUACUCCCACUAGGAGCCGCUGAACUCGCUACAACCCGAAAAGUGCUGCUUUUAUUCAUCUGCGGCGGUCCGGGAUGCUCCGACCGACGCGGCUGGAGAUGCCUCGGGAGGUGAAGGCGCCCUGCACGUACCUCGGCGCGAGCUAGCGGCUUUGUGGAGGAAAGUUUCCGCCGAACGGAAAAGGGUUAACGGACACGCUCGGCGACGCGUCGCGGGGACCGAUAAGUGGCCUGCGGGGCAGCUCGUAACCGGGAUGUUGUUCGUGUUUUCACAAGUUUAGGCGGCUAAGCGCUACGCCGAGGCUAGCUAGCGUUAGCAUAGCCCGCGUUAGCAUAGCCCGCUAGGUAAAUAUUACGAGUUCCCCGCUUCUGCGGCCGCUCGUCGAUACAAUAACGGCACCGUGGGAGGACAUCGCGUGGCAUUAUUUUUUAUUGAUCAUAAUGCUAUGCUUGGAUGAUACUAUCCGUGGAUGAUGGGUGGGUUUUUGUUACGGCGCACUCGGAGCUAACUGGCUAAAGUUAGCACGAUCGAAUGCUAGCUGGCAUUAGCUAACGUCGCCGAGCCAGCCAGCAACUUUCGGCAGGCGAGUUUUCGGCGACCCAACAACGACAGUAUUGUCGCCGCCGAUCGACCGCUGCGACUAAAAGCCGUCAGCCCGCAGCCAUGUUUGAAAUGGAGACGCAUAUAUCGUGCCUUUUCCCGGAGAUCCUGGCCAUUAUUUUCAGUUAUCUGGACGUAAAAGACAAAGGAAGAGUGGCGCAAGUGUGCGCGGCCUGGAGGGACGCGUCCUACCACAAGUCCGUGUGGAGGGGGGUGGAAGCCAAGCUCCAUCUGCGGCGAGCGAACCCCUCUCUGUUCCCCAGCCUGCAGACCAGGGGCAUCAAAAAAGUUCAGAUCCUCAGCCUGAGGCGAAGUCUGAGCUACGUGAUUCAGGGGAUGCCGCACAUCGAGAGCCUUAACCUGUGCGGCUGCUUCAACCUCACGGACAACGGGCUCGGUCACGCCUUUGUGCAGGACAUCCCGUCCCUGCGGGUGCUGAACCUCAGCCUCUGCAAGCAGAUCACCGACUCCAGCCUGGGCAGGAUUGCCCAGUACCUCAAAAACCUGGAGGUGCUGGAACUCGGGGGCUGCAGCAACAUCACCAACACCGGCCUGUUGCUCGUUGCCUGGGGCUUGCACCGCCUCAAGAGCCUUAACCUGCGCAGCUGCAGGCACGUGUCCGACGUGGGCAUCGGUCACCUGUCCGGCAUGACCCGCAGCGCGGCGGAGGGCUGCCUGUCCCUGGAGAAGUUGACUUUGCAGGACUGCCAGAAGCUCACCGACCUCUCGCUGAAGCACGUCUCCAAGGGCCUGAACAAGCUCAAAGUGCUCAACCUCAGCUUCUGCGGGGGGAUAUCGGACGCAGGGAUGAUCCACCUGUCGCACAUGACGCACCUGUGCAGCCUGAACCUGCGGUCGUGCGACAACAUCAGCGACACGGGCAUAAUGCACCUGGCCAUGGGCUCCCUGCGGCUCUCUGGGCUCGACGUCUCCUUCUGUGACAAGAUUGGAGACCAGAGUCUGGCCUACAUCGCCCAGGGGUUGUAUCAGCUCAAGUCCCUGUCGCUGUGCUCCUGCCACAUCAGCGACGACGGCAUCAACAGGAUGGUGCGCCAGAUGCACGAACUCAAGACCCUCAACAUCGGGCAGUGCGUGAGGAUCACGGACAAAGGGUUGGAGCUGAUAGCGGACCACCUGACCCAGCUGACGGGCAUCGACCUGUACGGUUGCACAAAGAUCACCAAGAGGGGUCUGGAGAGGAUCACGCAGCUGCCGUGCCUUAAAGUGUUGAACCUGGGACUGUGGCAGAUGACCGAGAGCGAGAGAGUGAGGUGAAGGCUCUCGUUCAUUGACUUGUCUGUGUCCACUCUUAAUCUUACCUUCUAUACUGUGACUAAAAGCAAGCAAGCAAGGAGGGGGGGGGGACUCCGCAUUGAUCACUGGAAUAUUGUUCUCCUCCUCUGCAAUACUCCACUCUUGGUUUGCGUCUCGCGUUCGUCCGUGCAUCGUCUUUGCAGCCUGUGUCCAGUUCUUACUAUCCAGCUACCUCACCCAUUAAACACAGGAGUGCCUACUAUCGCUGAAUACUAAAUUACAGUGCAUAUUUUUGUGACUCACAUACCAAUGGAGAUUUAGAUAUUUAAAAAAAAAUCUCAUUGCAGAAUAAUAGUUUAGGCAUUUUAACUCUUAAGAGUCACAUUUUUGAUAGAAAGUUGUUUUUUUUGGGCUCGUGCAUCUUUUUAUUUGUGUAACCGAAAUUCUUUUUUUGUAUUGAGUGAAAAAAUUGUACUUCAAAUUGAAGUGGGUGGAUCACUCGCGUCGUUCUUCGUUGACCCGUGUAUAGUUGGCUAUGUUUCAUAUUCCUGAGGAAAUAAGUAUGUACCAGAUGUUCCAGUAUGCUACUCUGUCAAAGGUUCAUCCACACAGCUACAGUAAGGUGUAGUGAUUGACAGCUGCCAUGGCGAUAUGCAAUACCUUUAAAACUGUUUUAUCAGCGGCCUGUCUCCUGAGGAGCUUCCAACGAUAGCGCCAGAGUAUUUGUUUUUAAAAGAGCAGUAAUUUAAGAUUGUUUUAUAUUCAUACAGUAGUGAUAUUUAUGAAUAAAGAUGGCAAAUAUGUUUCA